AUGAGGCUCCAAGUUCAGCCUUGGCAUGCAACUUCGACCUAUACUCAUGAAGCUGGACUUGCUGUCGUGCGUGCUGCUCCAGAGAAAUUCUGGACAUUCUCCCUCGCACUUUUCAAGCAACAGGCCGAAUUCUUCGAUGGUCCAUCUUCCAACUUGACUCCUCUGCAAUUCGUGGCGAUGUUCAAGGAUCUUCUGAAGUUGAAGCCUACUCCGAAUGGCGGAGUUGGAGUUACAGAUGAUCUUAAAUAUACUAUCAAGUUCGCCAGACAGAAUGGUGUACAUGUUUCUCCCACCGCUCUCUGGGACGGUUUGAUUGCCAAUCAAGUCUCUAGCUCUUGGGGAGAAAAGGAGUGGACCGAAUUUCUUGCGAAGAACGUUGUUGUCUAG